AUGCGUCCAAGUAGGGUGUGGAGUUGCCUCAUCGCUCUAGUCUCACAAACUCAAGCCUUGGCGACUGCUCUCGCAACACCAUUAGUAGCGAGGGAGUCGACCGCGAACAAUGGCACUCUUGGUGUGGCCAGGGCCGACCCUCGCCUUCUUGACGAGGUAGUGGACGCUCUAGACACUCUUCAGAGAGAGUACUAUGACAGCAGCGUGGGGACAUGGCCCACUGCCAUCGACUGGACAGCCGCCAUCAUCGGGACGCAUGUCACUGGCGCGUUGACUUCGCUGUCAUACGCAGCCCGGGACGACAACCAGGCACACGAGCGAGAAAAUCUCAUCGCGCUGUACUUUAGCCAAGUCAUUGCCUUUUACUACGGGCAGGAUCAUGUUGGGAUCCGCGGCCAAGCCUUUGACGACAUGCUUUGGGUUGUUCUUGGGUGGCUGGAUGCUGUGCGAUUCGUCGAUCUGCACACUCAAUUGUACUUUCCCGAAGGUGUUGCGAUCGGCAGUCCGCCACAUUUGCCUUUGCCCGGGGAUCAGAGCGUCUUCAAUCCACGCUCACCUGUUCGCUCCUACUUUGGCAAUGCCUGGACAUCGGCAUUCGCCCACCGAAGCCGCGUGUUUUGGGAUCUGGCUGAUCGUGGCUGGGAUGAUAAGUACUGCGGCGGCGGCAUGAACUGGAACCCUCGGCUGCUGCUGUACAAGAACGCCAUCACAAACGAGCUCUGGGUCGCGGCGAGCAUUAACAUGUACCUGUACUUCCCAGGUGACAGGAAUAACUCGCCUUUCAUCGUCAAGUAUCCCAAGGGCCCGCAUCUCAAGAUGCAUUUGGACAUGGCGGUUCGCGGCCACCAGUGGCUGCGUGAUGUGGGCAUGCGGAAUGGCCCCAACCAGAUGCCCGAAGGCCUCUACAUCGACGGCUACCACGUAUCUGGCAUGUCAGAUCCUAAGAGUAACAAUCGAAAAUGCGACCAGCGUAACAACGCCGUAUUCACAUAUAACCAGGGCGUCCUUCUCUCGGGGCUACGGGGCCUGUGGAAGGCCAAAGGUGACGAGAGUUUGGUCAAUGAGGGCCAUGCGCUGAUCAAGUCGGCUAUAAAGGCCUCGGGCUGGGAUCUGCAAAAGGAUAAACCUCUCGACAGAAUCCAAGACCUGGAGCCGGGCCAGCUACCGCCAUGGCGCGGACUUGGUCGUGCAGGAGUCAUGGAGGACAUGUGUGAUGUGGCCGGCGAGUGCUCUGCCGACAGUCAAAGCUUCAAGGGCAUCUUCUUCCACCAUCUUGUUGCGUUCUGUGUUCCCCUCGAGGCCGGGUCCGACACCUUCGUGGCGCAUCACGCAGAUGAAUGCCGGACCUACAAGGCCUGGGUCCUGCACAACGCCAAGGCAGCAAGGGCUACGCGGGACUCUAAGGGCCGGUUCGGCAUGUGGUGGACGGUGGGCUUGCUGCCGAACAUGACGACCGCCCAGGUCGAAAGCAACAGGCCCACCUUCUGGGGUCCUAAGCAAAACGAUAAAAUCAAGCGAGACGUCAACUCCGAAACGACCGACUCCGAGAUGACCGACUACCGCACAUACGGCGUCCCUGACACCCCGAGGUGGCGCGGGUUCGACCUUGCGAGCAACGGCACCAUUCCCACCAGCCAGCCUCACCAUGAUCCUCCUAAGAGCAACGAUCCAAACGAUCGCGGUAAGGGGCGUACGGUGGAGACGCAAGGAGGCGGUUUGGCCAUCAUGAGGGCAGCUUGGGAAUUCUCAGGCUUUUGA